AUGACACCCACAUGCGUCCGCUAGAAUCCUACGACGACUCUUGCGUACUUAUACAUAAGUACGUUUAUUUCUAGGCUUCAAAAGGUAUAUUCAGACACAAGCUUCCUGAAUCGAUACCGAACAUGGCGUCUACUUCUGUACCCACUUCCCUCACCCAGCUACCACUGAGCGAUGAAGACCGUCCACGUUACAGCCAGACACAAUUACUCGAUUAUUUCACUCGUAUUCAGCUUCCCCAAAAGUACCUCAACUCGCCCCUUCUGGCCAAAAAACUGUACGCUGCAACAAAGGAGCAUGGACUUCCCUUUCUACAUGCCUUGGUGCGAAGUCACACAUGCGAAGUCCCCUUCGAAAACCUAGAGCUUCACUACUCCGCGCACAAAACUAUAACGCUCGACCCGACAGACCUCUACACGAAGAUUGUGACACGUCAACGUGGUGGAAGGUGUAUGGAAAAUAACACCUUCUUCGCGACAGUCCUUCGGUCUCUGGGCUUUGAGGUGCGCAACUGUGGAGGCCGCGUGUCGCGAGCUAUGAGCCCUUACCCAGAAGUCCGCCGCAACCAGGCUGCAACAUAUGAUGGCUGGAACCAUAUGCUCAACAUCGUCAAGCUGGACGGCCAGUGGUACGUAGUGGAUGUGGGAAUGGGCUCGAUGGGCCCGAACAUGCCGUACCCACUGGAAGACGGAUUCGAAACGACAAGUAUUGCGCCACGCAAGAUACGACUGCAGUUGCGGGCGAUUUCGGAAUCGUACGGGAACCAUUCCAACAAGCUGUGGUGCUAUAGUGUCUGCCACGAUCCAACCGAAGAUGGAGAGAAUGUCUGGAUACCGACUUACUGCUUCACCGAGACCGAGUUCCUACCCCAGGACUAUGAGAUCAUGUCCUGGUUCACGUCCACUCACCCAAGAUCUUUCUUCACCAAAUCUGUCACGAGCACAAAGAUGAUCAUGGAUGAGGCGCAGGAAAAGAUCAUUGGAAAUGUCACUCUCUUUGAGGCUACAAUACGGAGAUCGAUUGGUAGCGAGCGAGAGGUUAUGCAAGAGUGUGUGACAGAAGAUGAGCGUGUACAUGCUCUGAAGGAUGUCUUCCAUAUUGACUUGAACGAUGAGGAGAGGGAGGGAAUACCGGCGGGUCGACGACUUGGUUAGUGUCUCGAAUUGCUCUCGGGUAGCGACUUCAGAUGUGACCAGUGAUUCGUCGUAUGAGCGAGCGUACAUAUAGAUGUAUAAUUAGUGAAGACCAGAUACUUGACUGAGGCAGGCGCUGGAACAAUAUUGCUAGAAUCGCUCGGCUGAGCGAUGAUUAUAAGUUUUGAGCUUUGUUAAGGGGGGUCGCGUGGGAAUUUUACGAGGAAGAUGACCAAACUAUUUUUGGAACGUAAGAUGGGGAAUUUUAGGAGCAUGAGAAGCAGGAGCGAUAGAUCUGGCAAUUGCGUGUACAGUGCCUCGUAUGGGGCUGGGAUACCGCGAUGAUGUGUGAGCAAGCAGGUGACAGCCUUGGC